AUGGGGAGAUGCUACUCGGAAGUUCAUAUUUGCCAGUGCUUGAGCCGGCUAGCAACUUUCCGACGUAAUUCUCCGGUCACAAUCUACGGCAACAGAGUUAAUACUGGACGACAGUUUGUUGACGGAGUCUUGGAUCUCUCAUAUGGACUUGUCCAGUUCGGUUUGAAAUCCGGGGACGUUGUAGCCAUCUCUGCUUUUAAUAGUGAUCUAUAUUUGGAGUGGUUAUUGGCCAUCACAUUUGUUGGGGCAAUAGCUGCCAACCUCAACUACCGCUGGAGCUUGGAGGAGGCUCUAUUUGCAAUGGAAGACGUCAAGCCUAUCAUGUUGGUGACGGACCAGGAGUAUACCACCAACUGGCAUUUAGAUUUCCAAGCUAAUUCUGUUCCUUCUCUUAGAUGGCAUGUUGUCAUCGAUACCCAUAAUAGAUACAGAUCUACAGGGAACAUAUUAACUACCAACAAGCUUAAGAUGCCUUCUCCAUGUCCUGAAUCGUUCAACUACUCUUCAACUUGUAAUGGCACAGCAAUUGUAUGCUUUACUUCAGGGACUACUGGGAGGCCAAAGGGUGUCAUGUUAAGCCAUUCAGCUUUGGUUGUACAAUCUCUGGCCAAAAUCGCUGCUAUUGGUUACAGAGAGGAUGAUGUGUAUUUAAAUACUGCUCCACUAGGCCAUGUUGGUGGACUAUCAUCGGCUUUAGCCAUGCUAAUGGUAGGAGGAUGUCAUAUCUUGGUGCCCAAGUUUGAAGCUAAAUCGUCUCUUCAAGCUAUUGAAAAGUAUCAUGUGACUUCUUUCAUAACAGUUCCCACGAUUAUGUCUGAUAUGAUCUCCUUAAUCAGGACCAAAGAUACAUGGAAAGAGUUACCCAUGGUGAAGAAGAUUUUGAAUGGUGGUGGCAGUCUUUCAGCCAAGCUAAUUAAAGAUGCAACAAACAUUUUCUCUAAAGCUACACUUUUCACAGCUUAUGGUAUGACAGAGGCUUGUUCUUCUAUAACUUUUAUGACCCUUACUGAUCCAAAGAAGCAAACAACCACAGACCAAGCAUUGGAUCAAACCACUGACUUGAAGUUAAGUUUGUUCCACCAACAAGAGGGUGUUUGUGUUGGAAAGCCUGCACCACAUAUUGAGUUAAAGAUCAGCACCAAGGACUCGGCUCAUGUUGGACAGAUAUUAACAAGGGGACCCCACUUAAUGAUUGGAUACUGGGACCAAAUUCCAGUAAAAGAAAAAUCUGGCUAUGAAGGCUGGCAUGAAACUGGUGAUAUAGGACGGAUAGACGAUCAUGGUAACUUAUGGCUUAUUGGGCGCAUGAAAGGGCGCAUCAAGAGUGGAGGAGAAAACAUUUAUCCUGAAGAGGUAGAAACUGUCAUAUUAAAACAUCCUGGAAUUUCUGCGAUUGUAGUCAUCGGACUUCCAGAUAUCCGUCUGACUGAAAUGGUGGUUGCUUGCAUCCAAUUGAACCACAACUGGACAUGGGCUGGUUCAAGUUCAGACCACACAACUGCACAGAAGGAACAAUGCAUAUCCAGUGAAACCCUCAAGCAAUUUUGUAGAACAAAUAAUUUGACUGGGUUCAAAGUUCCUAAAACAUUUAUAAUAUGGAACAAGAAAUUCCCAUUAACAACAAGUGGGAAAUUGAGAAGAGAUCAACUCAAAGGAGAAGUUAUGUUUCACAUGAAGUUAUUCCCCAGCAGUCUAUAAGGUGGCAAUUAUGCAACAUCUAUACUGGAAAUGAGGUAUUAAUCACAUCAUACCCAAUAGUUUAUAUUUUAGGCUCGUAUAUGAAGUUGUAGAUUUAUUGUCCUGACCUAUUCAGUUCCAUAUACCAAAUGCAGCCUAGAAAAGACGUUAAAGUUACAUAUUUGCUCAUUUAUCAUCAUUAUACCCUUGUGAGAAUGAUAGAGCCCUAGGACUGCGAGCUACGUGUUAGGGUCGUAGGUUGGGGGAGGGUUAAGAGAGUCGACUGAUACGUGUUAGGGUCGUGAGGGUUUGAUUUGGUUUGGUUUAAUUUUCCUUCAGAUACAUUUACUUAUUAUUUGGUUUAUUUCAUUCAGUUCUUAGUGCUUUGAAACUU